AAACUGAACCACAACAAACUCUGAACUCGGUUUGCUUUUUUGACAGUUCAGCUAUUUUAUAAUAGUUUUAUUGUUCUCGGAAAUAGUAAUAUUGUUAACCACAUAAUUGUAUAUUAAAUGAUCUGAUUAUUUCAGAUCUAUCAAUGUGAUGGAAUUAUAACACUUUAAAUAGGUCAAAAACAUUCACAUUCGUGUCUUGUCUGAGUCUACCCAACGAGUGCUCUCCGUGCCUGGUCGCUUAAUAGAAACUAGGUUAAGUCAUUAGGCCACUUAUAUGAUUGUUCAAUUUGUGCACCAUUAAUUAAAAGAAUGUCAAGGACAGAAGACGUCUUGCACUAAGUAAUAUUACUAAAUGGAAAUGCAAACAGAAAAAGAUGAAAAGAAUAGUGAGGCUUCGCCUGUUGAUCGUUGGCUAGAGUUUAGCGAAUCUUUCCUGGCGGAGGAUGAAGGCGAACCCAGGAAUCCAGCAGACGAGGGCAACAAUGAAAAUUCUCAAACGACGUUCAACUACGGGGCAAAGCUUGGCGACUUGUCGUGCUCAUUGUUGGAUUGUGUUGAUGAGUUGCAUGAUGAUGGAAAUGGAAACUUGGAAGAAAGUACCGUGGAGAAUUUAGUAGCCAAAUUAAGACAAAGAGAUAAUUUAAUUGCGAAAUUAACUAGUGUGAUGAAAAAUAUGUCAAACCACAAGGGCAAUGGUGAUUCAAUUUUAAACUCGGUGGAGAAAAAUUUGGAAAGUUUUGCCGACGGGUUGAAAAAUUCUAAUUUUCUUACUACACCUACGCACUCAAUAUCAGCAAAUGUGGUUUCCACUCAAACUGAAAACUUUGAAGAUGAAUUGGAUGCAUGUAGUAAGCAAUCACGAUCUCCCCAUCAGGAUGUAGGCACAUCCGUUUGUCCUCGUCAGUCACCAGAAAUUCACAAGCCAGACUCCAAUUUUAGCCAGGCAGGAGAACCUCAGCAUGAUGACGAUGUGCAUCAAGAAGUGGAUGAUGAGCAUGAAGCCGUAGUACAUCAAUCUCCUCGAAGGCUUUCUUUCGCUAUGAAUCCUGAUGCGUUACGCUUAACCUUUUCUCCAUCAAUUUGUGAGUACGAGUCAGAAUCAUAUGGCGGAAAUGAUUUAUUCGGCCCUGGUGGGUAUUCAACACUUGAAGAUCUCAGAUUGCAGAUCAUGGAUUUUGAGAGAAAGUUGGAAUCUGAAAAGCGAUUUUUGAGAGAAAUGACGGUUGAAAGAGAGCAAGAACGUGAAGAGUAUCAACGAACUAUUAAUACUCUGGCAUUAAAAUACGAAGAAGGAAAACGGGAAAAAGAAAAGAUGGAAAAUGUAUUAGAACAUCAUCAAAUGGAAAUUCGGGAGCUUGAAGAACACCUCAGACACAAAGAGCUGGUGGAAGAUCAGCUUUUAAAUAAAGAUUACCAGCUUCAGCAAGCUGUUGAAAAAGUAUUCGAGUUGAGAGAAAUUAUUAGAACUCAAGAAGAACAAAUUGAGGCCAUGACCAAACAUUCAAUGUCACUAUUGGAUGCACACAAGGAUACUACUGAAUUUCUAGAAAUGGAGAUGGAUAAUCAGUUGCAGAGUGAACUAUGCAACCUGGUUUCCCACCAAGAUGCCAGUUGUACGUCUGAAAUCGAUCAUACAGAAGAGUUAUGGGCUCAGAUGCACGAACUUGCCAACAAAGUUGAAGAAAGGUUAAUGGAACUUGAAAAUUUCCCGUGGCAAAAUCGGCCAAAUAGUUCAUGUUCGGCUGCUGGAGAUGACAUAUCAGUUAGAGGAACAUCUACUCAUGUCAAAAAUUGUGAUGAUUCUUCCGAUGCCAGAGAUUUUGUUUCAAGAGUAUUCUGCAGUUUAAGAAGACUAGAAUACAGUUUUGAUGGCUUUGUUAGAUUCCAGGAAAUACUACUCAAGAAAAUCAAAGAUGGAGACCUCAAGAUUCUUAAUGAAAACAAAAAAAUUGAAGAGCUGAAAACAGAAAAGGGAAAGCUUGCUCUAGAUCUGUCUACAUGUCGUCAAAAAAUCAAGGAAUUUGAGAAUUUUCUUACAGAGAAUAAUAACCCAAACUCAUUCGCUAAUCACUCAAUCGAAAGAUUACGAAAUACUGGAUUAAGUUUUGGACGAGGUUUAGAAAAUACAAGCUCGCCUAUUUUUCGUCACAGUCAGCAUAAGAAUAGAAAGAAUGACAACGAAAGUUUUCCUAUCAACAGUACAACCGGAGAGAUGCAACAAUUGGACGAAAUGGUUCAAGUUGCUGACAAAACAAUCCCAACGCCCACUGCGCCACUUAUUGCGGCUUCAUCAUCCAAGCCGCUGGUAGCUGUGAGUCCUGUUGCAAACACCACUUCAGGACAGUCAGCAUCAACUAUUCCACCAGUUUCAGCAGUCCCCACAAAAUCGGGUAGUGGAUCGACAGAAAAAACACAUGUUGUGAAGCAUCACCCGGAAAUAACUCGACAUAUCGGUAACUCGGCACUUGCUGAGGAUAGUACACGAGAAGCCUUUGUAGUACCUCCUGAUCAACGAGCGGCAGAAACAGUCGAAGCCACCAAAAUUCCUCACACUGAAACAGAGGCAACAGAGCUUAACAAAAUUCCUAGUACCGAAAUUAAGACGACGACUUCGGUGGGCAGAGUUCCUUCCCGUGCUAACCAGCAAUCAGAGGUUGAGAUUCCCGGAGCUUAUUCGUCUGAAGUGUUUACAGACGAACCAAAAAAAGUAUCAGUAGAGAAAGUGUCCAGUAGUCUCAGUCUCAGUCCCAAGGUAUCGGAUUAUGAGAAUUCUCAAGUAACAAGUGAAGAACCUACACCUGAAUCGAAACGAGGUUCUAUUCCAACUGAAUCCAUUCCCACGUAUGGCAUCACCACAGUUUCGGACUUUAGUGUGGCGGAGAAGGAAAUUACAUAUUUGGGUACCCAAGUAGUUCCCAACGACAGCGAUGAUCUACCUGCAGCAAUAAAAUCUAUCCCGACAGAUUCUAAUACUGACGUACUAACAUUCGAGAACAUUACUGAAACUGUUGUAGAUGUGGACUUUGUCGAGCGUUCAAGAUCAUUGAUAAUUCCACCUGAAGAUUUUGAUGCUCCAAGUGUGAGUAACGAGGCGCAAAUUUCCAGACUAGAGGGAAUGGACAUGAUUCUUGAACUCGAAAAGCUGAAGACGGAACUUUUGCAGAUGCAUAAAGCUCUUGAAAUUGAGAAAAACAAGUCGCAAGUACUUGAGGAGCACCUUAAUCAAAUCAUGGCAGAAGGUUCUCAUAGUAUCAUCAUGAAUGACGGACCCCAAGGUCCAACAAUGCAACAACAGCAAGAGACGGGAGAUGUAAGCUCCAUUAGAGAUCCAACAAUUGAUCAAGAAAUUUCUAUUUUGAAGGAGAAAAUUGAUGAUCUAAAGUGUCAAGAAACAAAGCAUAUAAAACAUUUACGAUGUGCUCUGUUGAGAAUUAAAUCACUUCAAGAAGAAAAUGACAAAUGCCGAACAUACAUCACCAAAUUACAAGAUGAACUACAACAUUAUGCCACAAGAUUUGAUUCAGAAACAGAUGAAUGAUCUUUUUUAACUCGCAGAUACUUGUAAUUCAGAGAGGUCUAUAUAUGCACACAUAUAUUUUGUCCACACAUCACUACACAUUUUUUUUAAAUUGGACGUAAAUAAAUUUUUGUACGUUUUUAUGCACUAUA